CUCACUUUCUCUCUCUUCUAACCCUAAUUCCUCAGAAGGAGCGUUACAUUUGUGGGUUUGGGUCUGGUCUUGAAUGCAUUGUCGAAUUAAUGCAUUUUCAAUUGUGUAUUUUCUUUUCUUCGAUCCACUAUUCGUCUCUGAUUUGAUCGCAAAAGGACACCUUCCAUGAUAGAAAAAGUCGGUUGUCAGAGUAGAGAGAUUUCUGUUCUGUUGCCAUUAACGAAUUCCUGAUUUUCAUUUGCUCAUAUGCUUUAAGAGUUGAGCUCAGAAGUACCAAGCAAGAGCAGAGGCAGGAGCAGGGUGGAAGUAAGGCUGAACGCUGAAGAGUAGCACCUCACCUUACCUAACGGUACCUUAACCUGUUUCACUUUUUUGGAAGGCCAGACUGGCAUUUGACACAGAAAAUUCUGGAGAGCUUGCAGAAGUGGCAGGAAGGAGGGGGUGGACUUGGCUAACCUACUAUCUCUGAUCACACUGAAGCAUAUUAGGUAACUUUUUAAAAGGCCAACAAACGAGAAGGCUAUCAAUCAUUUUAACAUGGUUCUAUAGAGUGACAAUUUCUGCAAAGGCUGGAAGAUGGCAUUUUAUUCUGAGGAUGAACAAACUGAAGAUUAUCUUUUCAAGAUUGUCUUAAUUGGCGAUUCAGCAGUUGGGAAAUCAAACUUGCUUGCAAGAUUUGCGAGAGAUGAGUUUUACCCUAAUUCCAAAUCAACUAUAGGAGUAGAGUUCCAAACCCAGAAGAUGGAUAUCAAUGGGAAGGAAGUUAAAGCACAGAUCUGGGACACUGCAGGUCAGGAGCGGUUCAGGGCUGUGACAUCUGCCUAUUACAGGGGAGCAGUUGGAGCUCUUCUGGUGUAUGACAUCAGUAGACGGCAGACAUUUGAUAGCAUUGGCAGAUGGCUUAAUGAACUCCACACUCAUUCGGACAUGAAUGUGGUUACAAUCCUUGUUGGCAACAAGUCUGAUCUCAAGGAUGCCAGGGAGGUGACCACAGCUGAAGGCAAGGCUUUAGCAGAGGCACAGGGUUUGUUCUUCAUGGAAACCUCAGCUCUUGAUUCAUCCAAUGUAUCUGCUGCCUUUCAGACAGUUGUUCGGGAGAUUUACAAUAUAUUAAGCCGGAAAGUUAUGCAAUCUCAAGAACUCAGAAAGCAUGAUACUGUGUCGUUGGGGAAUGGAAAGACUGUGGUUAUACAAGGAGAGGGCAACCGUGAAGCAGAUGUGGAACCUAGUAAGGGUUGGUGCUGUUCGUCUUAAAGCCGGGGUCGAUCAUAUCCUUGCUGUCUUCCCGAGCGAAGUCCAGAUAUAUCUUCCUUCUCCAUGCAUUGAAUUUCUUGCCAUUGUUGAAAUGUGGAUUUGAAAUUACAUUUGUUUGUCGACUUCCUGGGAUAAUGGUGGUUGGAGAAGAGAAACUGGAGUAGAAAGUGUAAAUGACUUGAUGGGAAUAUUUAAGGAAAAAAGAUUAUGAUAUAUAUAUAAUGUUGAAAAUUUUGCUUGGCAGCUGUAUGCGUCUGAAUUUUGUUUUUUCUCUUUGUUUUUUUGUGCAUUGUUCUUAUCAGAAGAUAUGUAUUGAUUCUUACCUUCAUUGAAGUUCAACACAUUGGGUACAUGGGUGAAGGAGCUCCCAACCCCAUGUGUUUAAUUUGAUAAA